UCUCUCUCUCUGUCUGCCUCUCUUGUGUUCUUUUUUGCAUCCUCUCGAAUGGCGAGAUUUAAAGACAGUUUUCCAGGAUCUGUCCUGCUCACCCUUCUCUUUUGUGGAAUUUGCACUCAAGCGUGUCCCAACCGCUGCAUCUGCUCUGGAUCCAACGUGGAUUGCCAUCAUUUGGGAUUAAAGGCUGUCCCGAGAGGAAUACCCAGGAAUACGGAGAGACUUGAUCUGGACAAGAACAACAUUACACGGAUUUCGAAGAUGGACUUUGUUGGACUGAAGAAUCUCCGGGUUUUGCAUCUUGAGGAGAACCAGAUCAACGUGAUUGAAAGAGGAGCCUUUCAGGAUCUGAAGCAAUUGGAAAGACUGCGACUCAACAAGAAUAAACUGCAAAUACUUCCUGAGCUUCUCUUCCAGGGCACCCCCAAGCUCUCCCGACUUGACUUCAGUGAGAACCGGAUUCAAGCUCUUCCCCGAAAAGCAUUCCGUGGUAUUGUUGACAUCAAAAACCUGCAACUGGACAAUAACCACAUAAGUUGCAUAGAGGAUGGAACGUUCAGAGCCUUGCGUGACCUGGAGAUUCUCACACUCAACAAUAACAACAUCAGCAUCAUCCCAUUGACCAGUUUCAACCACAUGCCAAAGCUAAGGACUUUGCGACUUCAUUCCAACAACCUGUUCUGUAACUGCCACUUGGCCUGGCUUUCUGAUUGGCUGCGGCAACGCCAUCCCAUUGGCCAAUACGCCCAGUGCACUGGCCCCAUUCACCUGAGGGGCCUCUAUGUUGCUGACGUCCCAAAGAAAGAGUUUACCUGCAGCGGUCCUCAGUCCUCCGAGACUCAGUCGUGCAACGCCCAUGCUACAUCAUGUCCGCCAGUGUGCGUGUGCAGUAACAACAUCGUUGACUGCCGAGGGAAAGGGCUGACCGAAAUUCCAGUCAACCUUCCGGAAAACAUUGUGGAAAUACGUUUGGAACAAAAUUUGAUCAAGACCGUGGGAGCCGGUGCAUUUAGCCAGUACAAGAAGCUCAAACGCUUAGACUUGAGUAAGAAUCAAAUUUCAGAGAUUGCAGCAGAUGCAUUCCAAGGACUGCGAUCACUUACCUCACUUGUCCUCUAUGGAAACAAGAUUACUGAACUCCCCAAGGGUCUGUUUGAUGGGCUGAUAUCGAUUCAGCUGCUAUUGCUGAAUGCCAACAAGAUUAACUGUUUGCGUGUAAACACCUUCCAGGACUUGCAGAACCUCAAUCUCCUUUCACUGUAUGACAACAAGCUCCAGACCAUCACAAAGGGACUGUUUACGCCACUCCGCUCCAUUCAAACGCUCCACCUGGCCCAGAAUCCUUUUGUGUGUGACUGCCAUCUGAGGUGGUUGGCCGACUAUCUCCACAACAACCCCAUUGAAACUAGCGGUGCCCGCUGCACCAGCCCACGCCGACUGGCUAAUAAACGCAUCAACCAGAUCAAGGCUAAAAAAUUCCGAUGCUCAGGAUCAGAUGACUACCGGACUAAGCUAAGUAAUGACUGCUUCAUGGACCUGGUUUGCCCUGAGAAAUGCCGCUGUGAGGGCACCGUCGUGGACUGCUCCAACCAGAAGCUCACCAGGAUACCCAGCCAUGUCCCAGAAUACGCCACUGAACUGCGAUUGAAUGACAACGAAUUAACUGUCUUGGAGGCAACAGGUAUCUUUAAGAAGCUACCAAACCUGCGUAAAAUAAACUUGAGCAACAACAAGGUCAGAGAUAUCCGGGAGGGAGCAUUCGAAGGGGCUUCCGGAGUCUUGGAAUUAUUGCUGACAGGAAAUGAACUGGAAAUGGUCCAUAGCCGAAUGUUUGCUGGUCUCUCUGGACUUAAGAUGCUGAUGCUGCGGAAUAACCUGAUCAGCUGUGUCAACAAUGACACUUUCACUGGCCUUAGCUCUGUCCGGCUACUGUCUCUGUAUGAUAACCGGGUCACCACCAUCACCCCUGGAGCUUUCAAUACCCUCCAUUCUCUCUCAACCAUCAACCUUCUCGCCAAUCCCUUCAACUGUAACUGUCACCUGGCCUGGUUGGGGCGGUGGCUGAGGAAGAGAAGGGUCGUCAGUGGGAACCCACGCUGUCAGAAGCCGUUCUUCCUCAAGGAGAUCCCGAUCCAAGAUGUGGCAGUUCAGGAUUUCACCUGUGACGUGGAUAACAACGAGAGCAGCUGCCUGCAAGGCCCCCACUGUCCCGAACUCUGCAGCUGUGUCGACACGGUGGUUCGAUGCAGUAACAAAGGAUUUCGCACCUUGCCAAAAGGCAUUCCCAAAGAUGCAACUGAGCUAUACUUGGAAGGAAAUCAGCUGACUUCAGUCCCCAAAGAGCUGUCUAACUACAAACAUUUAUCACUCAUAGAUUUAAGCAACAACAGUAUUAGUAUGCUGAGCAAUUCUAGCUUCAGCAAUAUGUCCCAGCUCUCAACGCUAAUUCUGAGCUACAACCGAUUGAGGUGCAUUCCCGUUCAUGCUUUCGACGGUCUGAAAUCUCUGAGGUUGUUGACCCUACACGGUAAUGACAUCUCCACCAUUCCUAACGGAGCAUUCAGUGGUUUAUCGUCACUAUCUCACCUUGCCCUUGGGGCUAAUCCUCUGUACUGUGAUUGUAACCUGCGUUGGCUGUCUGAAUGGGUGAAGACAGGCUACAAGGAGCCAGGCAUAGCUCGCUGCACAGGACCGGAAGACAUGAACGAGAAACUCCUCCUCACAACGCCCACAAACAAGUUCCACUGCAAAGGUCCACUGAACAUUGCUAUCUUAUCCAAGUGCAAUCCCUGCUUGUCCAGCCCUUGCAAAAACAAUGGGACCUGUAACAGUGACCCAGUUGAGUUCUACAGAUGUACCUGUCCCUACGGUUUUAAGGGCCAGGAUUGUAGUGUUCCCAUCAACGCCUGCAUGAACAGCCCAUGCCAAAACGGAGGGACCUGUCGCCUCAGUGAGGGAGAGAAGCGUGGAUUCAGAUGCCUUUGUCCCGCAGGUUUUGAAGGGCAGUUGUGCGAAAUAAAUCCUGAUGACUGCGAGGAUAAUGACUGUGAAAAUAACUCCACGUGUGUAGAUGGAAUCAAUAACUACGCCUGUCUUUGCCCACCCAAUUACACAGGUGAACUGUGUGAAGAGGUUGUGAACUACUGUGUUCCGAGCCAUAACCCUUGCCAGCAUGGCUCCAAAUGUAUCUCAAGGGACAGGAAGUACAAAUGUGAAUGCUUGCCUGGAUACACUGGUGAAAACUGCCAAACUGAUCAUGACGACUGUGUGGAAAACAAGUGUCGGCACGGCGCACGGUGUGUUGAUGCCAUUAACGGCUACACAUGUGUCUGUCCCACUGGCUUCAGUGGGCUGUUCUGUGAGAUCCACCCACCCAUGGUCCUACCCCGUACCAGUCCCUGUGACAAUUACAACUGCCAGAACGGGGCUCAGUGCAUCGAGGUACACAACGAGCCUGUCUGCCAGUGUCUCGCUGGCUUUGCGGGGCAGCGGUGUGAGAAACUUGUCACCGUCAACUUCAUCGGGAAGGAUUCAUAUGUGGUGCUUCCAGCCUCCCAGGUUCGGCCGCAGGCAAAUAUCUCACUCCAGGUUGCCACUGACAAGGACAAUGGUUUACUGCUAUACAAAGGUGACAAUGACCCCCUGGCUCUAGAACUCUACCAAGGACAUGUUCGGCUGAUAUAUGAUGCUUCAAGCUAUCCCCCUACCACUGUGUACAGUGUGGAGACGAUCAACGAUGGACAAUUUCACACUGUUGAGCUGAUGAUGAUGAAUCAAUCACUGAGCCUGGUCGUUGAUAAAGGAACCCCCAGGAGCCUGGGGAAGCUGCUGAAACAACCAACUCUGAGCCUGAACUCCCCGCUGUAUAUUGGAGGCAUCCCCCCGGUCUCAGGGGUAGCAGCGCUCCGCCAGGGACCUGACCACAAUCUCAACGGUUUCCAUGGCUGCAUUCACAAUGUGCGCAUCAACAAUGAGCUGCAGGAUUUCAGGAGCUUGGCCCAGAUGCCCCUGGGCGUCUCUCCAGGAUGCAGGUCCUGCAACAUCUGCAAAAACGGUGUGUGCCGCUCGCUCGAUCAGUCCGGCAUCACCUGCGAUUGCCAUCCUGGCUGGAUGGGGCCGCUGUGCGAUCAGGAAGCCCAGGAUCUCUGUGCUAACAACAAGUGCGUUCACGGGACGUGUGUAGCGUCUGACUCUGCAUACCGCUGUCUGUGCAAGGAAGGCUAUGUUGGCAAACUCUGCGACAAAGGUCAACUGAUGGACAACUGUCAGAACCUGAAGUGUGACCACGGCCGCUGUAAGAUCUCUGGGCAAGGGGAGCCGUAUUGUGAGUGUAACACCAACUUUACCGGAGAAACUUGCCAAACAGAGCUCCUUUGUCAAAAGGAAAUGAUCCGGGAUGUCUAUCGCAAGCAGCAAGGCUACGCCUCAUGCCAGACCACAGUCAAAGUCCCUCGGCUGGAAUGCAAGGGGAGCUGUGCCAAUGGAGAGUGCUGUGUGCCUCUACGUAGCAAGCGACGGAAAUAUGUCUUCCAGUGUACAGACGGCUCCUCGUUUGUGGAAGACGUGGAGCGGGUUGUUGACUGCGGCUGUGGGAGUUGUUCAUCGUAGGGGUCCCAAAAUGGGAAGCGGAGGCUUAACCAACAGCAUGUGCCUGUGACAAGUAUUGAACCCUUUAACUCUCGUAGUGGACCAAAAGAAAUGGAAAUAUAUUGUAAGAUAACAAAUAGAACCUAUUUUUAUUAUUAAAAAAAGGACUAUUUUCUUCAGGUAUUACUAAAAUAUAUCACAUCGCCUGGGUAUGUAUAUCAUACUUUGAUACCUUUGCAAGAUUUUUAUUUUCUGUUUUAUUAACCUGACAGAGAUGUUCUGGGAAAAGCUUGCUCAUUUGGUUGAUGUGAAAGUGUUUGAAGGACCUGUUGUAUUACUGUCCAACUGACUGUCAAAGGUAAAUAAGAAGUUCAAAGCUUUUGAAGAAAGGAACAUCGCUGAACACUGACUGGCUCUUCGUUUUAUUGUAGCCUCCAUCAUCUUUGCUGACCUCUGUGUCAAAAGACUUUUCGCGUGACUGUCAAUACAAUGUAAUCAAUACUCUCCAGAUCCCCAAUAACUUGCUGUCUUGGAUUUAGCAAUCAUAAUGUGGGUGAAUCUGAGACCGCCAGUACUCCUGUGUAACUGAGAGCAGCUUCUAGCAUCCACACUUGCACAGUUAAACAGAAAUCCAGAAAUUGUCAUCAGUGGUUCUUAUGCUUCUCUAUGGGUUGCACCAUUGAAGUUGCUAUGGACCAGGUUUAUUAUUGACCAACAGGAAAAACAUUGGACUGAUCAGGACCUCCACUUUUAUACCAUUUUACUUGCUGAAAAUGUUGCCAUUUUUAACUGCUUUUAAAAUUUCGAAAUUAUUACUGAACAACUCUGAUCCUGAAACACAUUUCUUUUUCCAUUUGUCAAUAUCAAAAUUUUAUGAUGUUUGGAAAGCUGUGACAUUUUGACUUGAUCCCAAGGGUCUGUCUUAAACUUUAUUUCACUCUCCAUGAAGUUACAUUUGACAAUCACAGAUAAUUGGUGCUUUUACCUUCCUGACUUAAAGUCUAUGGGAAUUCUCCAAUGCAAUUCAUCACUUGUCCUGGUUAAUUGCAGAACACGUGGAGAUUGUCUUGACUUGAUGUUAUAGGCCAGACCAGACCCCCUCAAAAUAUAUUAUGAAGAUAGCUUAGACCCUAACUUGUUCUUAUUUUA